UCAUCAAUGAAGCCUCAUUUGAAUAAUGCGCGAGCACUUUGGACCGGAGCCAAUCAGCUGUCAGAAGAGCAUGAUAAAUCGCAAUGCAUUAUUGAUAAUAAUAAUUACUUUGACAUGCGCAUUUCUACUCGAGGGGCUAAUUUCCCCCAACCUGGAGAAUUUCUAAAGAAGAGGGACUAAAUAGUCUUACUAUUCGCCCCUGAUGGUUGUAGGUUACCAUGUCGAGGCGAAAGCAAUCCAAACCACAGCAUAUCAAUUCAGACGAUCCCGCUUCGACACAAAAUGGGAUCUUGCACAACGGUCAAGGUGAGGAUGAUGGCAAUGAUGCUAAGAGGCGACGAUCAGAGGAGACGAGGGUUUGCGACAAAUGUUGCGCAGAGUUCUUCGAUGAGGGAGAGUUUCUCGAACAUGAGAGAAAUUGCACUAAGAGUCAGCAGGUGGUGAUCAUGAAAGAUGGCGAUGGGAGUGAAGUGACCCCUGAUUUCUCCCAGCAUUCUCCGGGUGAUUUCCUUGGAAAUCAGUCUACCAGUAAUUCACAUUCAAAGCAUAGUGCAGAGUCCGAGGAAAUGAUGGAAGGAGAGAUCAUGCUGAACCAGGAUGACCCCUCAAAUCACCAUCAAGAUUUGUCUGGCAGUUCAGAUGUGGGGUACAUUGUAUCUUCCAAAUUGCAAGACUCUGUGACUCUGGAGUCCAUGGCUUCUACUAAAGUUGCUGUAACACAACAGUCAUCCAGUUCAUUGAAUCAGAAGUCUCCUCCCACACAACCACACGAAGAUGCCUUUUUUGCAAUCCCCAUGAUCCUGGAACAGCUGGUCAGUCUCCAGCAGCAACAACUGCAGCAGAUUCAGCUAACCGAGCAGAUACGCAUCCAGGUGGCCAUGAUGGCACCUCAGAGUUUCCAUGCAACACUGGGUGCCGCUGUGGAUCCACUGAAAGCACUGGGUGCACAUUUAUCACAGCAGCUUUCAGCCGCAGCUGCCCUCAUUGGCAAACGGAUGGGCUCCCAGAACUUGUCCUUGGAAGCCUUAAAACAAGCCAAGCUACCUCAGUCUGCCACCAUCCCCACAUCCCUAACUGGAGGUUUGGUCUCCGUGCCCUUAAAAGCAGACUUGAAAGGACUUCCCGAUUUAGCUAGCCGACUUCCAGCGCUGCUUCCUCAAUCCCCAGGGGUCAUGGGAUUACAGAGUCCCUUUAAUACCCUUGCAACAAGCAUAGAUUCCUCUAAAAAGGCAAAAAAUAAGAUCCCUGGCAUGUUGGAGUCAAAUAUGGUCUCUGGUGAACCUAUGUUCAGGCACAAAUGCAAAUUCUGUGGGAAGACAUUUGGAAAUGACAGCGCUCUACAAAUCCACUUACGCUCACACACUGGCGAAAGGCCCUUUAAAUGCAACAUCUGUGGAAACCGUUUCACAACCAAAGGAAACCUUAAAGUGCAUUUCCAGAGGCACAAAGAAAAAUACCCACACAUCAAGAUGAAUCCAUAUCCCGUACCAGAACACCUUGACAACAUGCCAACAAACAGUGGCAUCCCUUAUGGCAUGUCCAUGCCCAUAGAUGAAAACAGUUUUGUGGACACCAAACCAGUGCAGGGGCUUCCCUCGACAAGUCUCCAUCCACCAGUGCUCCAAGGAUUCAAGCCCUCAUAUGAUAUUCCAGUAGGUGGGGACCUCUACUCCCAGAGGCCUUCUUCAUCUGGCAGCGACGGUGCAUCCAUUUCUUCUGGCAUGUUUGGUCAGGAGAUGGCGGGACUGGAUCAAGGCAAAGAUUCCUCUGAUUCAUUGCACCACAUAAACGGUAAUGGUCUAUCUGGCGAAAAUGGCUCUGAUACUGCAAAACUUCAGCAGAUGGUGGAUGGCUUGGAUAAGAAGACAAAUGACCCCAAUGAAUGUGUUAUUUGUCAUCGAGUGCUGAGCUGCCAAAGUUCCCUCAAAAUGCAUUACCGCACACACACUGGUGAGCGACCGCACAAAUGCAAAAUCUGUGGCAGGGCUUUCUCCACCAAGGGCAACCUUAAAGCUCAUUAUGGUGUUCAUAGGGCCAACACUCUCCUUAAAAUGCAACACUCUUGUCCUAUUUGUCAUAAGAAGUUCACCAAUGCAGUUGUACUUCAGCAGCAUAUUCGUAUGCACAUGGGUGGCCAGAUUCCCAACACCCCUCUCCCAGAGAAUCAGUUCGAAAGUCCUGAAGCACUGGAUGCUAGCAUGACUGAGGAAAAGAACAUUGACUCCACUGGCCACGAAGAGAGUAUGGAAGAGCAAGACUUGGAUUUGGACAAUCAGGAGAAGCUGAACCUCUCUACAGAGCCCCAGCCCGCUGAUAAAGAUCAGGCUUUCCAAGGUCCACCAUCUAUGCUUACAGGCAUUGCCGCCCUGGAGAACCACAUGAAGAGCCUCACCUCUGCACUGAUCCUUCAACGACAAAGCAGCACUGCUUCUGAGAGUGAUGGUGGGCUGAAAGAUUCCCCUUCAGGGUCUGGAGAAAUGGAUUACAAGAACGGCCACAGUCCAGCUGUGUCAGAUUCUGUGUCCUUUCACUCUUUGUCCCCUAGAGACGGUCCCCUGAGUAAUGGACAAUCAAAAUCACCAGAAUCCACAAACCCAGAUGAUGGAGUAAAAUCCAGACCUGACUCUGAAGCACCUCAAGAUUUUAGCGAAAACAGUGGCGCACUGGACUUGACGUCAAGUUUUAACCCAAAACCUAUCAAAGAGGAGCCAGGCUUGUCCAUCUCCAAUGGCGAACAUGGUUCCAGUCAGUUACCAUUUGUGAGGGUGCCUCCAAAUCUGGUCAAACUGGAGAUGCAGAUUCCUCCUGAGACUCCCAUAGGCGCUCAUGGCCUCUACAGCUCCCAACUGCCCCAAGGAGCUACCACUCCUCCAGUUACUUCUGGUGCUCCUCGUCGCACCUCCAAGCAGCAUCUCUGCAAUAUCUGUGGGAAGAACUUUUCAUCGGCAAGCGCCCUGCAAAUCCAUGAACGUACACACACGGGCGAGAAGCCAUUCAUUUGCACAAUUUGUGGCAGGGCUUUCACGACAAAGGGAAACCUUAAGGUGCAUGUUGGGACCCACAUGUGGAAUAAUACAGCAAGGCGAGGUCAACGCCUCUCGUUGGAUAACCCAGUAGCUUUAAUGGCCAUGGGCACAGAGUCCAAGAUGAAACCAGACAUGCUGCCACCCCCAAAGGAUUUGAUUCCCCCACCAAUUAAUUUCAACCCAUCAAUGUGGAACCAGUAUGCAGUUGCCUUCACAAAUGGGCUGACCAUGAAGACCAAUGAGAUUUCAGUCAUCCAAAAUGGAGGCGUUCCUCUCCCAGGAGGUCUCGCUGGAGGUCCUUUAGUGGGCUCUACUGGGGGAAUAACAAAGAUUGAGACUUCUCAGAUGGGCAUCCCUGGCACAAUUGCAGAAAUGGAAAAGAAUGGCUCUGAUAGCAUAGCAAAAUUUCCACAUUUUAUGGAGGAGGGUAAAGUGAAUUAGAUGGUGAAAUGACUACAGACAGAUGUUCCCAAUCAACGGCCUGCAUUGUGCUAAUGAGUAGGCUUAAAUGUUAGGAAUUGGGCUAUUUAUUAAUUCAGUCCUUAGUUGGUACAACCAAUUCCUACAUGUAACGUUGCAUUUAAGAAGUUGCAAAUUUACAUACACUUGUUAAAUGAGCCUCGACCCUAAAAUGGGCCAUGCCUUCCUUUUUGGACUCUUAUAUGCUAUCGAUUACUUCUAGUUGAAUCUGAUCUAACUACUGUAGUUUUUCUUUUCCUUCUCUCUCUAAUAUAUGCGGGUAUUUUGUUUCUAGAAUUGAAUGUAAAUCUUACUUGAAAUGGCUUUAUUCCAGAGCAGUCUCAUAAAAGUGAUGGGGUACUCUUUGUGAGUUGCAUUUGGCUCAGCUCUAUGACCCUCAGGAAGAUCUCAGCCACAGGUGACCUGAGAUCUCCAUGUUUUAAGUUUAACAUCUUGUUUAUCUCUGCUUGACUACACAUAGUCCUGUUGUUAGUUGUGUUCCAUUUAAAGUUCAGUAGUCACAAAUAACAUUCAUUGCAAAGGUGUUCGUGGAAUACGUGCCUAGAUAAAUUGACCAUUCCACACAAUCUACUGAAAAUUUGUUUCAAUGAUGGACAUAAUGAGUAGUUAUAGUAUAGGUUUGUUUUGAUUUCACUAAGUUAUUAUAAAUUGUUUGACCCUAUAGUUGCUAUUUGCGCUUAAUACCAAAAAAUAUUUUGCUAAGUGCCUGUCUUGGAGUGCUUUUCUCCCUCUCAUCUGCCCCCCCCCCCCCCCCCCCCCCCCUUAAACCCUUGCCCUCUCAAAAGACACCACAGGAUUGUAAUAAAGGCCUUUCUUUUAUUUAGAUAUUUAUUUAUAUCUUUAUUUUUCCUCAUUCUGCUAAGAUCUGAUGUAAACCAGGCAUAUGUCAUUUAUUCAAGGAACUUUUUUUUGUUUCUUGGGCUCGUCAUUUAGAGAUCAUUUGCUUGCUUUCUGCCGUUUUAGGACCCACUGAGUUUUAGAAUUCUGUAAAUUUGCCAUUUACCAUGCAUUUUAUACUUGUGAGCUAAGCAGGCAUGCCUAUCUUGUCUCUGAAUAUCAGCAGUCAUUCUAAUCCUGGGAAAGAGUCAUGGUUUGCUUCCCAGUUGUGUAUUGUUGUGGGGAAAUGUUUUUGAGAUCGUAGUCGUGCAUUCUUGAGUUAAAGGAAUGAACUUGUGUGUAUGCACACAGAGUAACUAAACCUUAGAGACUUAACGCUGGUCAAAUUUCUACCUCAUUUAGAAUUUUUUUUUCUUCCUUUUUUUUUUUUUUUUUUUUUUUUGGCAUUGUGUUUGGAGUUAUGGUUGCAUUGUGCCCCCGUAACCUGCUGAUUUCUGUAAAAUAAUGAAUGUAUCCCCAGACACUUUGCACAACAUUUGUUCAGAAUGGGCAGACCCCUCCUGUAAAUCCUCCUCCUAAUAUGCAUUUACCAAGUUGUGCCUUUUUUUUCUAGAUGUAAAAAAAAAAAAAAAAAAAUGGUUGUAUCAUCUCUUGAAAAAAUGGGGUCAUGUCUGUAUGAUUGUUCAAAUGUUGAGUCUGUUUUAGGCUUGUUUACAAUGUAGACUUUUUUUUUUUUUUUUUUGUAAAUGUUUGCUUUUGUUUUUUUUCCAUUUCUGUUCUGAUAUUUUGAGAAUAAAAACAAGGAUGACUUUUCCAAAACUUUGUCUAAA